CGGCUUUGGACAGCGAUGGGUGACGUACGAAUGACAGCCAAACUAACAAGGGCAGCGCUGUCAUGUGCCCUGAUCUUCCUCGGCACACUAUUGUUGGCCAAAACUGCUGAUGGCUGUGGCUUUGCCAGUCUUUGGAGGUCCUCCAGUCGAGAAAACAACCACCAUGUGGCGAAGAGAGCCCUACCAGUGGAUACUCCGUCUGAGUGGGGCAACUUCCUUCCCCAGCCAGUAGAAGAAAAGCAAGAAUGGGGUCCCUUUCGUCCGGAGCCAGCACAUGUAGAUGAACAGGAGGAAAGGGAGGAACGACAGUUGACCAAACAACUAAAAGAUGUGCUGUGCAUGCCGAGCUGUGUGAACGGUGACUGUAUCGGCGCGAACACGUGUCUGUGUCACGAGGGUUACCAUGGAUACACCUGCGAAAAUGCCCUGUGUAACCCGGAGUGUAUGAAUGGAGGUGUUUGCACAGCCCCCUACCAAUGUGAAUGUCCCAGCGGCUACAAGGGAGAUCGGUGUCAAACAGCUGUUUGCUCCCCUCCUUGUGAGAACGGGGGCGCCUGUACACAGCCUAACGUGUGCACGUGUCCACCUGGGUACAAAGGAAACCACUGUGCAACCCCUGUCUGCACGAAUGGGUGCCAGAACGGAGGCCUCUGUGUGGCCCCUGAACAGUGCAGCUGCAUGGACGGAUGGGCCGGCAAGACUUGUGAAACUCCAUCAUGUGACGAACCCUGCCUUCACGGAGGGACAUGUAUAGCACCUAAUCAGUGCGCAUGCGUGCAACAUUACGGAGGGACCAGAUGCCAAUACAGCUUGUUCGAAAAUGACGCCAUGCAACAAUUUGGAGCGGCCUCCACCCACCCCGGGCGCGUGUGCUCGGCCUGGAGCGGCAGGCACUUCCUGACGUUUGACGGGCGGUACUUCGACUUCCCCGCUCACGCCGACUGUAGCUACCUCCUGGCCGGGGACUGCAUCGAUUAUAACUUCAACGUCAUGGUACGUGAGGAUGGCGAGUGCACAGUGGACAGAUGUACUCUGAGAAUCGACUUACGCAUCAGGGACACUGACGUCACCAUACAGCAUAAAGAUGGACACCAUGUCACCGUUAAUGACAAAAGGGUGUCGUUGCCGUACUCGUACCAGGGCAUCAACGUGGAGUCAACAGGGGCGUAUGUCCGGCUGUACAGCGCGAUCGGUGUGAUGGUGUCCUGGGACGGUCACGGGAGCGUGUACGUGGAACUGGACGCUGACCACCACAACAAGACGUGCGGGCUCUGCGGAAACUUCAAUGGGAUAGAUGCUGAUGACUAUAGAUCAAGAUCAGGAGAACUGCUGCACAACACCAUGGAGUUCGGUAACAACUGGAGGAUGACGGGAGCGGACGAAACCUGCCCGUUUGUCCCAUUUGACACGCCCGGAACAUGCGCUGAAAUACCAAGGGACGAACUGCAGGAACUGUUCGAGAUCUGCAGUGUUCUAUCGGAGAGCGCCGACUUCAGACCAUGCCGAAACGCCAUGGACCCUACGCCGUAUGUCCACGCAUGCGUGUCAGACCUGUGCAGCUGUGCGUACGAGUCACGUGACGAGUGCUUGUGUGGCGCGCUCACCCAGUACUCUCGCGCAUGCGCACACAGCGAGGUGGUCUUGUCUUGGAGAAGCCAGGACUUCUGCUGGCACGAGUGCCCAGCCGGAAAGAUGUAUGAAGAAUGCGGCACGGCCUGCCCGCGUACCUGCCGCAACCUCGACUCCAGCUACGCAUGCGCAGAACACUGCGUCGACGGCUGCUUCUGUCCAACAGGCACGGUGCAUCAUGGGAACGAAUGCGUACCAGAGACCAACUGCACCUGCCUGCACAACGGGCGGGAGUACCAACCGGGGCAAACCACGCGGCAGGGAUGCAACCAAUGCUACUGUGAAGGAGGAAAGUGGACAUGCACGGAACUUGAUUGCCCAGCUACUUGCUCGGCCACCGGUGACCCCCACUACGUGUCGUUUGACGGGCGGAGGUUCACGUUUAUGGGUGACUGUCAGUACGUCCUGGCAAAGGACUGUGGCAGUGGACUUUUCUCUGUCUACACGGAGAACCUCCCCUGUGGCCUGGACUCGGCAGUCACCUGCACCAAGACUGGCACCAUCGUCCUGAAGUCCUCCGGGAAGGACGUCAUGGUGACCUUUCACCAGGGAGGGGCCGUCAGCGUGGCAAACGUCGGGGUGACACUGCCGUACGUGCAAGAUGAUAUUAUCAUCCACCGAUCAUCGUCCAUGUUCGUAACGUUGACGUCAUCCAUCGGCCUGAUCGUCGAAUGGGACGGCGAGACUCGUAUGUACGUCACCGUCAGUCCGGACUUCAAGGGCAAAACAUGCGGACUUUGUGGAAACUUUAACGGGAACCAACUGGACGACUUCACGGUGAAGGGUCUCCCCGAGACGUCCGUGGCAGCCUUCGGCAACAGCUGGAAGGCGAACGCAGACUGCUUAGACGUGCCCAGGGAUCAAAUCUUGGAGGCCUGUGCCGUUAAUACCCAGAGAGCUGACUAUGCCAACUCCAUGUGCGGUGUCAUCAACAGUCCCCUCUUUGCUGUCUGCCAUCGUGUUGUGAGGCCAGAACCGUAUUUCAAGGAGUGCCUAUUUGAUGUGUGUGAGUGUGAGUUGGGAGAGAGAUGUCUCUGCUCAGCUAUCGCUAACUACGCCCGGGUCUGUGCGAGGAACCACGCCCCCGUGGAAUGGAGGUCCCCGGAACUAUGCCCUGUUGAGUGCAGUGGCGGACAGGAGCUGCAGCAGUGCGGAUCCUCCUGCAGGGCCACCUGCAGGUCGCUGUCGGACCCCAUCCAGGGCUGUGACGACGAGUGUGUGGAGGGCUGCAACUGUCCACAAGGACUGUACCUUGACGAAGAUGACAACUGUGUGCUCCCGUCGGAGUGCCCCUGUUACCACCACGGAGAACUCUACAGGCCGAAUGAAGCCAUCCAUAGGAAGGGAUCAACAUGCUAUUGCCAGGAUGGUGUAAUGGAGUGCUAUGAUUCCUCAGUCCAACCAACGGAGAACACGGCUGUGAAAGGACUUCCCAAUCGGGAGGGUCGCUUUGCCAUGUGUAUACCGCCGUUCUUCUUCUUCAGUUGUUACGCCAACCCUGGCUCCAAAGGCACAGAGUGCAGGCCGACAUGUCAGAACAUGCACAUCAUCGACCAGUGCAUCUCCAACCAGUGUAUCUCAGGAUGUAUGUGUGCAGGGGGUUUGGUACAAGACGGUUAUGAGUGCGUCCUGCCCUACGAGUGUCCUUGUCACCACAACGGACAAAGCUAUCAAUCCGGAGAAACCAUUCAAAUGGACUGCAAUCAAUGUACUUGUCAAGGUGGAGACUGGCAGUGCACCACACACGGCUGCUCGGGAACCUGCACCGCGUAUGGGGACUCGCACUACAUCACAUUCGAUGGGUACCGCUAUCAGUUCUAUGGAUCCUGUGCUUACGAAUUCGCUACGGACUUCUGCGGCGGGGCUGAAGGAACCUUCCGCGUGCAGGUACAGAACGAGCGCUGCGGCUUGUGGGGCGCGACCUGCAUCAAGUCCAUCACCAUCACGUUACAAACCGUGCAGAUCAUUUUUUACAAGGACCGACCAGGGGAGCCGGAGGUUCGUCCGCUCCCGGGGAUACACGACCCGUGCGUCAAUGUGGUGUACAACUUUAGACGGGUUGGAUUUUUCCUCAUCCUGACAACUGAACAUGGUCUGACGGUGAUGUGGGACUUCGGAACCCGUGUGUACGUCAAACUGUCCCCGGAGUUCAGAGGAAACGUGUGUGGUCUGUGUGGAAACUUUGACGGGAACCAGGCGAAUGACUUCACUACCAGGGCACUGGACAUCGCCGUACAGCCUGAGGAGUUUGCAUCAAGUUGGCAGGUGAACCCGUUGUGCCUAACGACCCUCGACAACAAGGAUGACCAGAAUAACACGGCGUUAUGGCUCAGUCCGUGCCUCAUUAAUCUCCACCGCGUCCCCUGGGCACGGCGACAGUGUGCCGUCAUACACGCAUCUGUCUUUCAGCCAUGCCAUGCCACGAUUGACCCCCAGCCGUGGUACGACGCCUGUGUUGAUGACACCUGUUCAUGUGACAUGGGAGGGGACUGUGAGUGCUUCUGUACCGCUGUGGCUGCAUACGCACACGCCUGCGGUGAAGCUGGCAUUCCCAUCCGAUGGCGAACUCCGGAGCUGUGUCCGACACAGUGCGAGGACUACAAUGCAGAGGAAGUUGAUUGUGUCUGGCACUACCAUCCAUGCGGCCGGCCAUGUGAGGAAACCUGUCAGAACCAAGAAUGGUCCGAAUGCAGCCUUCCGUGUCUGGCGGGUUGUCACCCUACUUGUCCUAAUGGCACUUUGUUGAAUGAAUACACACGAGAGUGUGUUGAAGUAUGUCCUACAUCAUUGCCAGUGAUAGUGCCCUCGUGUACAACCACGCCUGCCCCAGAAACUACAACUUUGGUUACAACACCUGUCUCAGAAACUACAACUUUGGUUACAACACCUGUCUCAGAAACUACAACUUUGGUUACAACACCUGUCUCAGAAACUACAACUUUGGUUACACAGACCUCACCUGUAACAAGAACGACACCAGUAAGUGAGGUAACAAGCACAACACCAGGCACCACGACUGGCACCACACCGACACGGACACCAGAAGGCACCACUACCACAGUCCCACCAUCGACAGUUCCUCCUUGCUGUGAAUGGUCUGAAUGGAUGAAUUCCGAUAAUAUUAUCGACACGACUGAUAAUGAAACAUAUCCUCACCUGAGGGAGCACUACUACAGUUUUUGCCAGCAGCCAGAUGCCAUUCAGUGUAGAACUGUGGAUGUUAAUUCUGAAGGUCAGCAUCUCAACGUUGCCCAAGCUGGGCAGGUGGGUGUGGUAUGCGACGCUUCAGUCGGACUGCUUUGUCUUGGUGAACUGCAGCUUAAUACAUACAUACCGGUCUGUUUUGAUUACGAAGUACGAGUACUAUGUUGUGACCUAUGCACGACUACUGAGUCAGCACGAAUAACUACAGCAGGUCCAAGCACGACCCAAGGAGGAACCAGAGUCACUACAAUAGGCACUGAAAUCAGUACAAUAGGAGGUGGCCCUGAAGUCACCACACAGCCGGGAGGCGGCAGCCAGGAAGUCACCACGCAACCGGGAGGCGGAAGCCAAGAAGUCACCACACAGCCGGGAGGCGGCAGCCAGGAAGUCACCACACAGCCGGGAGGCGGCAGCCAGGAAGUCACCACACAGCCUGGAGGCGGUAGCCAAGAAGUCACCACACAGCCGGGAGGUGGCAGCCAGGAAGUCACCACACAGCCGGGAGGCGGAAGCCAGGAAGUCACCACACAGCCGGGAGGCGGUAGCCAGGAAGUCACCACACAGCCGGGAGGCGGAAGCCAGGAAGUCACCACACAGCCGGGAGGCGGCAGCCAGGAAGUCACCACACAGCCUGAAGGCGGUAGCCAAGAAGUCACCACACAGCCGGGAGGCGGCAGCCAGGAAGUCACCACGCAACCGGGAGGCGGCAGCCAGGAAGUCACCACACAGCCGGGAGGCGGAAGCCAGGAAGUCACCACGCAGCCGGGAGGCGGAAGCCAGGAAGUCACCACGCAACCGGGAGGCGGCAGCCAGGAAGUCACCACGCAGCCGGGAGGCGGAAGCCAGGAAGUCACCACACAGCCGGGAGGCGGUAGCCAGGAAGUCACCACACAGCCGGGAGGCGGCAGCCAAGAAGUCACCACACAGCCGGGAGGCGGAAGCCAGGAAGUCACCACACAGCCGGGAGGCGGUAGCCAGGAAGUCACCACACAGCCGGGAGGCGGAAGCCAGGAAGUCACCACACAGCCGGGAGGCGGCAGCCAGGAAGUCACCACACAGCCGGGAGGCGGCAGCCAGGAAGUCACCACACAGCCGGGAGGCGGCAGCCAGGAAGUCACCACGCAACCGGGAGGCGGCAGCCAAGAAGUCACCACACAGCCGGGAGGCGGCAGCCAGGAAGUCACCACGCAACCGGGAGGCGGAAGCCAGGAAGUUACCACACAGCCGGGAGGCGGAAGCCAGGAAGUCACCACACAGCCGGGAGGCGGCAGCCAGGAAGUCACCACACAGCCGGGAGGCGGCAGCCAAGAAGUCACCACACAGCCGGGAGGCGGUAGCCAGGAAGUCACCACGCAACCGGGAGGCGGCAGCCAGGAAGUCACCACACAGCCGGGAGGUGGAAGCCAGGAAGUCACCACGCAGCCGGGAGGCGGCAGCCAGGAAGUCACCACGCAGCCGGGAGGCGGCAGCCAGGAAGUCACCACACAGCCGGGAGGCGGCAGCCAGGAAGUCACCACACAGCCGGGAGGCGGCAGCCAGGAAGUCACCACGCAGCCGGGAGGCGGCAGCCAGGAAGUCACCACGCAGCCGGGAGGCGGCAGCCAGGAAGUCACUACUCAGCCUGGAGGCGGCAGUCAGGAAGUCACCACCAUAUCUACAGAGACAGGGACACCAGGAAGACCGACAACAACAAGUCCAGGCACCACACCAGGAAGCACCACACGUACAGAGACAGGGACACCAGGAAUACCGACAACAACAAGUCCAGGCACCACACCAGGAAGCACCACACCUACAACCGUUGGUCCAGACGCCACACCAGUCCCAACAUGCCCACCAUGUUAUUUUCAUGGCAAUGUAUAUCCGAGUGGAGAAUGGUGGACCUUCGGCUGUAAAGAAUGCACCUGCGAGUGUGGACAAGUUGUGUGCCAGCCAGUACAAUGCCCACCGGUGCCAGUACCCACGUGUGAAAACGGAGCCAACCCUGAAGAAGUGAUGGAUCCUUACAACCCCUGCUGCUGGAUCUGGCAAUGCCCACCAGAAAGCACCACAUCUGUCGUCUCAACAGAAGGCACCACAUCUGUCGUCUCAACAGAAGGCACCAGACCAACCCCAACCCCAACAUGCCCACCAUGUUAUGUUAAUGGCAAUGUAAUUCCGAGUGGAGAAUGGUGGACCAACACUAUCACCGCCUGUACUGAAUGCACCUGCUUGUGUGGACAAGUUCAGUGCCAGCCGCUACAAUGCCCGGCAGUGACAGUACCCGAGUGUGUCAACGGAGCGGAACCUGAAUACGUGGAGGAUCCUGACAACCCCUGCUGCAGGACCUGGCAAUGCCCAUGCGACUGCUUCCUCUACGGAGAGCCCCAUUACUCAACCUGUGACGGCAGGAGAUUCUCUCACCAAGGGAACUGCACGUACCUGAUGGCAAGUCCAAUCGGUUCCGACGAGUUUGAGAUUUGGGCUCAGAACUUCCCCUGCAGCGGUGCUAAGGCAGGAGUGGCAACUUGCACCAGAAGCGUGACUGUGUUAUAUGGAGGGUUCGAGGUGGAGCUGGGCAGGACAGGAUGGGUUAUAGUCAAUGGCCAACCAAUGAGGCCCCCCGUGACCGUCGGUGGAAUGACCAUCACCCGGCAUGGCUACCACACCAUGCGCGUUGUCAUAGACGCCCUUGGUGUGAUAGUCAACUACAUUGAGCUGAACUACAUCGCCUCUAUCUAUAUCCCGCCCGAGUUCUUCGAAGACAUCGAGGGUCUCUGUGGUUUCUAUGACAACGACCAAUCAAAUGACUUCACCCUGACGGAUGGAACCGUGACGACCGACACUGAAGAGUUCGGCUAUGAUUGGCUGGUUGAUAGUGAACUCGAGGACUGUUACAUCAACGAUACAGUUUGCGUACUUGGAAACGUCACAACGCCAUGCGACAUCCUGGCAACCGACGUAUUUGAGCCGUGUCACGACCUGGUUGACUACCACCAGUACCUAGAGGAUUGCGAGUUCGACGUGUGUUUCGAGACGUCCCCAUGUUUCACCAUCACUGCCUACGCCAUGGCGUGUCUGGCGCAUGGCGUGUGCAUAGACUGGAGGGACCUCGUACCAGAGUGCCCAUCCCAAUGUCCGCCGGACCGAAUCUACACCCCCUGCGGAACCACCUGCCCCGUCACCUGCCAGGACCAAACUGUCUCCUGCGGCAGCGGCUUCAUGGAGGACUGCGCGUGUCCGGACGGCUUUGUGUUGGAUGUGACGACAGGAGAUUGUAUUCUCAGUACGGACUGCGCUUGUGUGGAUCACAACAACGUCCCACAUCAGCCCGGAGAGUCCUGGAAUGAGGGGCCCUGUCGUGUCUGCACGUGUGAGGAGACUUCCAGUGGGGAUUACAUCGAGACUUGCCAGGACAUCACCUCAUGUCCGACUUCCUGCCCUCCGUGUCACACCCUGGUGAACAGUCCAGGGACGUGUUGUGGCGAGUGCGUCCCGACGUCGUGUUGUGAGGUAACCAGUGACGGCAGCGUCAUCGACCAUGCUGUCAACUCGACCUGGUCCCCAGGGGACGAUGCAUGUGAAGUAUGUGAGUGUCGGGAGCUGGCUACCACGGGAGAGGCGUUCGAGGUCUGCUCCACCAUCCACUGCCCUAACCCUGGGCCCACACACUGUGAUGAGGGAAACCUUGUGACCGAACCGACAGACGACGGAUGCUGCAGCAUCUCGCACUGUGUAGUAGAGCAAACCGGCUGUGUCCGGUACGAGAACCAGACCCAGCUGACCGUGAACGGCUGCACCAGUUCUGCACCAGUCACCAUCUCCUGGUGCGAGGGAAGGUGUCCCAGCGGGUCUUACUAUCUUCCUGAGAGCAACUCAUUUGAGCAGCAUUGUGGGUGCUGCGGCCCGGACAUGACGGAAACGAAUCAGGUGGAACUCGCCUGCAGCGACGGCACAUGGCAGACCCACUUCGUCACCAAGGUUGUCAGUUGUAACUGUAACGGGACAUGCUAAGAGCAACGGACCGAAUGUACCCAAGAUGGGGUGUCCCUCCAUUUUGAGCCUGCUUGCUUUUUCAAUAAGCGUUUUUCUGGCCUUUGCUGCUUCACUUAGAUUUUUAGAACAAAAUCGCCAAUUUUCUUCAGAAUUUGUUGUGCCAAUAUCAUCAGAUAACCAUAUCAGAGGUAUUCUUAUUGUCUUUUAAGUAGAAAAUAUCAAUAGUCCUACGUGUAUUUUUAGACUUGUAAGGUGUGUCGAAUUAACCUGUACUCUGAGUGUUUUACGACUCCAAGAGAAUCAGUCAAUAAUCUUAUCAAGCCAUCAAAAUCCAAAACAAACAAACACAACGAUUUGAAUGGAUAGAUAUCUUAUUAAGACACAGUGAAAAUAGGGACACUGUGUAUCACGUAUACAGUAGUCAGACGAACGAAACUGUUUUCGUUACCUACAUGUAUGUAGUGAGUUUUGCAGUGAUCAUUACGUGUUCUUACAAGUUUGCCAUCAGCUGGCCUACAAUUCAAAUUACUGUUAGCUGUGAUUAUAAAGUGAUCAUUAGGAGAAAGAUAACAUGUUAUGUUUACCUCAACACGUUACCAAUGCAUUUGAAUCGUUGUCUAAAGCUUGUAGCACAAACCCUGUAGUCAUUUUUGACAUAAUGUAAUUAUUUCUCGUCAUUUCUAUCUUGACGUCUCAUACAUCUUGAUCGUGCCCUUGAUGUUUCAUUAUGAUUAUAACAGGUUUGUUGUUUCGCUUCACUUGUGCGCAAAUAAAGCCUUUCAGCCUCAUGA